UAUAAAACUGUAGGAAAGUGCAAAUAAUUACAUCAGGCGCGCAUUUUGUUGUUUUUGGCUUUGAAAGAUUGUUGACAAUUUUUUACUUUGAUCAACAAAAUGUCUGAGCAAGAUUUGGAAGAUAUACAAUUAGGUGUUGAAGAGGAUGAAGAAGAAUUGAUCACAGCACAAAAGGUGCUUGAAUUUUUAGAAACAUCUUGGCGCAAUGAACUAAAUGCACCUGAAAUUUUGCCGCACCAAAGUGAUAUGUUGGAAUUAAUGAUGGGUCAAGUAGUGCAUAUGGAAGAAAAUAUGAAAGACUUAGAUAAAAAUGAUUUUCGGUAUAUAACGCAUCGCAUGGAAUUGGAACGAAUUAGAUACGUUAUGGCCAGCUAUUUGCGUUGCCGCUUACAAAAAAUAGAAACCUAUACUCGUCAUAUACUAAAUGAAGAAGCUAAUUAUGACACUGAUAACAAGCGGUUAUCACCCGAAGAAACUAAAUUUGCACAAGAAUUGCAUGAUAACACCGAAAAUUAUUUUAAUCAAGUGGCGCUGCAAUAUAUGCCAAAUAUGCAACGUUCCGAUGCCGAACAGCGUAUAGUGCGGCCAAAUGUAAUGAGCCAUGUUUUUGUUAAAGCUAAAGUAUCUGUACCAUCUGUGGUAGUUGGCGUAGAUGAUGAAGAAGUUGAUUUCGCAGCGGGUUCCCAGCAUAUUAUUCCAUAUCAGUUAAUAGCCGAUUUAGUACAAAAAAAUCAAGCAGAACUUAUUUAAAUGUGACCAUCCUUAACGUAUUCGCAAAUUUUUCAUAUAAACUUUAGUUUUUAUCGAGCAAACACUUUGUUCGUAUCGACGAGUGCAGUACUAUGCAGUGAAAAGAACGAAGUUUCAAGAAGGAAUAGGAUGCAAAUCAUGUUAAGGACCAAAAUGUGUGCUUAAUGUGUAAUUAAUUCCAGAAAAAGUUGCCAAUAACUAUAAAAACUAAUUAUCGUCACAUCUAUAAAGUACAAAUUAAGUCAUAUACAUAUAUUUUUAUAAUUUAUAUUGUGUAUAAAUUUUAACUUAUAUAAUUUAGUUGAAUAUACAUACAGUGGUGGAAAAAUAAUAGAAACGAGAAGGUUUGUACUACUUCAAGGAGUAUAUUUUAUUUUUUUGAAAUGUUAUAUGCAUGUAGUCCACUGAAUAUGUUAUU